AUGUUCCGUCGGGUAGCUGCAUCUUUUGUUCGUUUCUCUCAGCAAUGUGGUGCACAUAUACGAAAUGUUAGCGGUUUAGAGAAGCGUCGUUUGAUGACGCAGUUUGUUGGUGUGCAGUUGGGUGCGGCCACAGCAGUUGCUCUCACCGAUAAACAGCUCCUGAAGAAGCCGGAAUGGUAUCAACAUGCUGUGCAGCGUCUUGAGAAAACAAUUAAAAAGACUGGCAAAUAUGGUUAUAUCGAAAGUGAAGAAGUAUUAGACGAAGCUUACGAUGUUCUCUUGAGAGUCAGCGAUGUGGAAAAUACCGAACUUUUGUGGCGUCUUACGAGGGUUCUGGUCGAAAAAGCCGAACUCAGCAAGUGUGACAUCGAGAAGCAGAAACUUCUUAAAGAGGCUGAAGUUUAUUCGAAGAAAGCGUUAUCGUUCGAGGGUUCAGCUCCAUCGGCUGGUGCUCACAAAUGGCAUGCAAUAUUGCUGAUGAAACUGGCUCAUUUCGAGAAAAAGAUUGAUCGGAGUGCCGAGAUUCGCGAGCAUUUGAAUAAAGCCACUCAGGCUGAUGCCUCAGACCCGCACGCAUGGCAUUUACUCGGCUUAAGCUAUUUCAAUACGAAACACUACAAAGAAGCGGCGGAGUAUUUCCAGAAAGCUGAAGAAGUUAAACCAAAUUUCUCGCCAAGUAAUCUGUAUUAUUUGGGAGCAGCACAACGCAAAUUGCGCGAUAAGGCCGCAGCAAUUGAAUCGUUCAAGAAGGCCGUGGCACUGCCUGUAAAGACAAAAGCCGAUGGACGGGCGAAAUUGGACACGAGAAAAGCGUUAACGUCACUGAAAGUGAAACCGGAAGAAUACGCACCCAUUGAGGACGUCUACUGA